AUGAUGCUGUUAUUGGUAACAUUUCUUCUACUUCACCAUGGAAAUACGCUGGAUCAAGUGACCACAGUUCAGCUUGGUGAACCUGUAACUUUGACAUGUGUUUUACCUCCUGGUGAUUUAAGCAGUAAAAUUCACUGGUACAAGCAGAGAGCAGGGGAAACUCUAAAACUGAUUGCGACACUGCGACAAACUGCACAACCUCAGUAUGGAAAAGGGUUUAAUGCCUCAAGAUUGGAAGUAAAAGAAAAUAAGAACAUCAGCAUUCUGUCCAUAUUCAGGACAAUCCCAGAAGAUGAAGGAAUGUAUCACUGUGCAGUCAUGGAAUGGAAUGUGAAUACUUGGAGUGGGACAUAUUUGUUAUUAAAAGGGAACACCCAGAGAAAUGUUACUGUUCGUCAGUGGCCAACGGUAUUAGAUCCAGUCCGUGCAGGGGAUUCUGUGACUCUCAACUGUUCAGUCCUCUCAGACUCUGAUAACAAGAUGUGUCCUGGAGAUCUCAAUGUCCUCUGGUUCAGAGGACAAAACUCUCAUCCAAAUAUCAUCUAUGUUGAUGGAAAAAAUCAAACUGAAUGUAAGAAGCAAUCAGACAUUCAGCAGAGCUGUGUUUAUCGCUUCUCUAAGAAGGUCAGCUCCUCUGAUACUGGCACAUACUACUGUGCUGUUGUCACAUGUGGAACGAUAUUAUUUGGAGGUGGAACUCAACUGCAAAUUGGUAACACAAAAGUACAAAUGCGCAUAACAUGUUGGGAACUUAUUGUCCUGGUAAUAGCAAUAACCUGCCUGGUCAUUUCAGUGAUUGUAAAUAUUGUUUUCAUCUGUUUCGGAAGACCAAGACUAGCAUGUAAUAAAUUUAAAGACAGCACAUCUUCACAAGGAAGAAAUGACAACUUGACUCAACCACUGGAUGAUAUUAAUGAAGGUGAGCAGGAUCUGAACUAUGCAGCAAUACAUUUCCCUGGAAGGAAACCUACAAAAGGAAGCAAUAAAAAAGAACAGAAGACUGAAGAAUGUGUUUAUUCUCAAGUUAAGCGCUGA